CAUGGUUAACCCGGAAGUGGAUAUGAAAAGCUUCUUCAGUCUUUUCCGGGUUUGCGGCGAAGUUAAAAAAAACAAAAACGUUAAGUGUUUUUAAAAAUGCAGCUUCACUGCACUAACGAUGCUUUACCGCAUUCUGUCAGCGGCGACUUCCACAACCUUAACAAAUUCAACGAGCAGCAAUUUCUUCGUCUGGUGGAAAUCCUCUUCCAGUUUUUGUUAGAGCCUAAAGAGACAGAGAAGUUGAUGCAGCAGCUGAGCGACUUUGCAAGUGAACAUAGGAUGAGCACAGGACUGCUCAAGAACCUCAUGAAGAGUGUCAUUCUUUUGCCACAGGGUGCAAUGAAGAGAAACCUGACGGCUGAGCAGCUGAAAGAAGACCUGCAGACUUUAGGACUUCACGAGGACAAGGCUGCUCACUUUUCACAACAGUGGGCAGAACAUCGUGCGACACUGUGCCGACUGGCGAUGCGGCAGACGCUGACCGUCAACCGGCUGGUGGACAUGGAAUGGAAGUUUGGUGUGACUGUCGGUACUAGCGAGUUUCAAAAAAUGAGCAACAUCUUUCUGCAGCUCAAACUGGUUGUCCAGAAGGGGAAUACCACAGAAAAUCUCUACAUGGAAUUGACACUGCCCCAGUUUUACAACUUCCUGCAUGAAAUGGAGAGAGCCAAAGCCAGCAUGGACUCGUUUAGCUGAGUGUGUGUGUUUGCUUAUGUAGCCUUUCGCCUUUUUGUGUGUACAUGUAUGUCUUGUGUGUUUGGGCACAAUUUCCACAAGCCAUGACACAUUUUAGUCUCAAACGUGCCACCAAGACAAUGAACAUGCAUCCAUCCAUAAUCUGGAUAAUCACGGGUGGGCUGGAACCUAUCCAAUUUGAUUUUGGGCGAGAGGCAGUUUACCCCCUUAACUGGUUACCAGCCAAUGACAGGGCGCAAAUAGACAAAUAAGUGUUCACAUUUGCGUUCAACGGUACGGAAAAAUUAACGUACCAUGCAGGUUUUUGGAAUGUGGCCGAAAAUGAAUACACAACAAUAUACAGAAAAAAAAAUCUGUUUACAUGAAUAAACUUCGUUGAAAAGUU